AUGUCGGCCGCCUGGCUCACUCCGCCCGUCACACUGACGGGGAGUCGCGAGUUUACCUGUGACAGCUUUGGCUUCACACAAGAGCAGUGCGACUACUACCAGCAGCGUUGGCAUUUUUGGUUCAUCGCUGACCGCGUCUUUGCGCUGUCGACCAUCGCCUUUCUCAUGAGCGUCCUUGGCAUCUUCAAAGUGACCGCAUUAACACGAUACUUGUCUUACCGCGGCUUCCACGUCCAGGCACUGCGAUGGGAAUCGGCCCCCUUGGGGCUUCUGCUCCUGGCAGCAGUAGGGACAAUCUUCUUCUUCUGCAUGGAUCUGAUUCCCCAACCAUACUACUGGCCAAGUUUGGAUUUUGGCGGCUCUCCACCAUUGGGAACAAGAUCGGGGUGGAUGGCCCUGGCAUGCAUGCCUUUUGUCUUCGCGACGGCGAGCAAGUCGAACUGGAUCACACUUAUCACAGGGGUCUCGCACGAGAAGCUCCAAGUGUUCCACCGAUGGAUAUCCUACGCUUUUUUCCUCCUUGCACUUAUGCAUACAUUUCCCUUUAUUGUAUAUCACAUCCGAUUUGGUGACAUGGUCAUGCAAUUUGAGAUGGGCCUCAUAUUUUACUGGACAGGCAUUGUGGCACUUAUCUUCCAAGCUUGGCUUACUUUUGCAUCCCACAGUGUGAUUCGAAAUCUAGGUUAUGAAUUUUUCAAAGCGACCCAUUUUCUCGCCGCUGCCAUAUUUGUCUUGGUAUUUUUCUGGCAUUGCGAUUACACCCUGACUUCUUGGCACUACUUCAUUGCGACAGCGGCUGUGUAUGUCCCAUGCUACGUUUAUCCUUGGCUCCGGACUUGCUUCGAGUACGGCACGAGGGCAAAAGCCCAGGUUACCGUUGAAGACGGUGGCUUCACUCGCAUUUCAAUCCCGGCAAACUUCACAUGGAUACCGGGACAGCACUGCUUCCUCCGCUUCACCGGAUUUGGAUUUUUUCAAGCUCUCUCGGCCCAUCCAUUCACCAUAUGCUCGUUGCCAUCCAGAGAGACAAACGAAAGGUCCGAGCUCAUCUUUUACAUUCGCCACCAGCGCGGCUUAACGGCACGUCUGCACCAGACUGCUUUAGAAAAUCCGGGUUCUUCCAUCCCCGUACUUGUCGAUGGUCCGUAUGGAGGGAUUAACCAGCAAUCAUACGCUCACAGUGACCAUCUUCUCGUCAUUGCAGGAGGAUCAGGUGCCGGUUGGACUUUGCCCUUUAUUGAACAAUUUGUCUUGUGCCAAUCAAAACCCUUUGAUGAAGAGCGUGGCCAAGCAGCAGAUCUUGAGAGCAUCGAGAAAAAGACGAAGAAUAAUGAAUGCAGUACUUACGGGUCAUUUACUCUCCGCGUCAUAGUAGCAAUUCAAGAUGCUAGCACUCGGAUUUGGUACAUACGAAUUGUCAAGGAGCUACUAUCCCGAUAUUCAACAAGAGAGUCGAUUUCCAAUAUUCGUAUCCAGUUACAUUUGACUGGCCAGACUGCACAAGGGGUUGACCUGACUGACAAAAUCCAUGACCUUUCAGGAGGCUUAACUAACCCUUCCUCCUCGCCGGAGAGCAUUAUUGCCCCAGAGGGCAGAGCAGAGACCCCAUUGUCGGCGCUAUUUGACAAUCACCUCGACGAGCGGCCUCAUUUACCGCUGAUUAUCCAAGAAGAAGCCGUCAGAGUAGCAGAUCGAGGGGAAUCGCUUGCUAUCUUUGUUUGUGGGCCAGAUACUAUGCAGCAUGAUGUUAGAAAUGCUGUUGCAGAAGCAAACCUAAAUAUCCUAAAGGGAUCCAAGUCUGGAGGAGUUUAUUUACACUCUGAACAUUUCUCUUGGGCAUAAUUUAUUAUAGGGUUUCAAUCUUUCUUAAAGCAAAAGCAUUUCCCAGCUCAGUGUUAACGUAAACUUAAUAAUAAUCCAUUUAGUAUAUAUUAC